AUGUCACCUACAAACAGAAAAAGAAUAAUUCAUCAGAAAUACAAGCUACUCGAAAAUGCUCCGCCCCCGACUUCGCCCACUUUUCUCCGGAGUUUUUUUUCCCGGAAUUUCCGGGGUCUCGGUUCAAGCGAGGGGAUCAGAAAGCGCGCCCCAGUAAAUUUUUCAAAAAUUCUCAAUUCGCUGCCGAACUUCGUUGGAAAGGCUGAGAAAGAAGAAGGAGGAAAAGGCGAAAAAAGACGGGAUCCCGGUUGUUCGUCAAUGGUCCGUCGACGGCCCCUCGGUUCUCCGUCGGCUAUUGUUUGA